AUGACCAUUGAUCUUGAAGACAAGCGCAGUAUCCAAGCAAUUUCCAAUCCCUUUGUCCAAGUAACUAGACUCGCCUCUUACGUCGCCGAGGCCAUCUGUGAAAACGACACUUCAUCCAAAGCCAGCCGCUCAAAAACUGUCAAAUACGGCGUUUCCAAAACGCAAACGCAGGAAAUGACAAACACCGUUGGCAUUGAGGUCUCGGCUUCCGGUGGCUUCAAAUUGGCCGAGUGGAGCGUCACGCUCAAUUAUCAAUUUACUUCGAGUACGUCAAGCUCGUUCACGGAGUUUACUGAAAAUGAGGUGGUGCAGCGAUAUGAUGUGAAUCCAAAGACAUGCACAGUGAUGUUUGUUAAACAUAUCUAUGUGAGGGGGGCUAGGGAUGCUGGGAGUACGAUUUUGAAUGAGAUCAAGAUUGCGGCGAGUAAUGAUGUGCAUCUUUCGGGGUGUGGCCUUCCUUGA